GUGUGGAUCGUGCUGCUGCCACAUCACACAAUGCACUCGCUGCGCAGCCGGAGCACAAUGAACUCGCUUUUAUUGCUUUUAAAUGUUUUACUCACCAUAGUCUGCUGUGCUCCACCACGACGAUGUGAACCCGGGGACGAACUCCUAGGAAGAUGCCAAGUUCCGCAGGAAGAAAGACUGCAAUGCACAGAAGUUGUCCUGGGGUACUGCAAUGACCUACCCUACUCGAAGACCAGGUUCCCCAACCUCCUGGGCCACAGAACUCGGCAGGAUUCUGAGAUGGGGGCUGAGUACCUGCUCCUGAGUGUGGCACACUCCCUGCUCCAGGGCGAAUGUAUGCCUGACAUCCGCCUACUGGGAUGCUCUGUACUGGCUCCCCAGUGCCAGGACAGCCGCAUCCGGAAACCCUGCAGAAGCACGUGUGAGGCUGUGCGCCAGGGUUGCGCUCACGCGUUUGAGAACAUUGAAAUGGCCUGGCCCUACUUCCUCGACUGUGACCGCUUCUUUGCUGGUGAAGAGGAAGGCUGCUUCGACCCUCUGGAGACCCUGAGAGCCCAACAAGAGGUUGCCCUCACCAGUAUUUCCCCGGAGGAGCCUGCUACCAUAAUUCAGUUCAUCUACCACUCCAACGCACAGAUGUUCAAUGUCCUGAAGCGGACUGCAGCAAAGUGUUCCCACAUCUCCAGAACAUACAGCAUCGGCCGCAGCGUCGAGGGGAAGGACCUUCUUGUCAUCGAGUUUUCGGACAACCCCGGCCAGCACGAUCUUUUGGAGCCAGAAGUCAAGUACGUGGCUAACAUGCACGGGAAUGAGGUGCUGGGCAGACAGCUGCUCAUCUACUUGGCUCAGUACCUGUGCUCUGAGUACCUGCUGGGCAACGAGCGAAUCCAGACUCUCAUCAACAACACCCGCAUCCACCUCCUGCCCUCCAUGAACCCUGACGGCUACGAGCUGGCUGCCGCAGAGGUAGAGGAUAGCAAUGAUCCAGAGAUCCAGGAAGGCCCCAUCUACAAUGGAUGGAUCACUGGCCGUGGCAACGCCCAGGGCAUAGACCUCAACCGCAACUUCCCUGACCUGACGUCCAUUGUCUAUAGCCAGCGCCGAAACAAACGCCAUCGUACUGAUCACAUUCCCAUCCCAGACUCUUACUGGUUUGGUAAGGUAGCCCCAGAGACAUACGCUAUGAUGAAAUGGGUGCGGUCCAUUCCUUUUGUGCAGUCUGCCAGCCUGCAUGGGGGGGACCUGGUGGUCUCAUACCCUUACGACUUCUCCAGACAUCCUCAUGAAGAGAAGAUGUUUUCUCCUACUCCGGAUGAGCAGGUGUUCAAGCAAAUGGCCAGGACCUAUGCAGAUGCCCAUGCAACCAUGGCAGACAACAAUACAGAAAGAUGUGGGGCUUCCUUUGUUAACAAAGGGGGCAUCAUCAACGGGGCCCUGUGGUACAGCUUUGCUGGAGGAAUGUCAGAUUUCAACUACCUCCACACAAACUGCUUUGAGAUCACGGUGGAGUUGGGCUGUGACAAGUUCCCUGCUGAGGAGGAGCUCUACACAGAAUGGAAGCGCAAUAAGGAAUCCCUCUUGAGCUUCAUGGAAUCGGUCCACCGGGGAGUGAAAGGAAUAGUGAAGGAUGAAAAUGGCAAUGGAAUCAAGGGAGCCAGAAUAUCUGUCAAAGGAAUUCGACAUGACAUUAGAACAGCGGAAAAUGGGGACUAUUGGCGACUGUUGAAUCCCGGCAUCCACAUCCUCAUGGCUUCCGCCCCUGGUUACACCAGGGUCAUGAAGAAAGUCAACCUUCCAACGAGAAUGCAGAAAGCUGGCCGUGUUGACUUUGUGCUAAAGAAGGUCCCCCAGGAGCCAGACAUGGAGGACUUGAGUUUCCUACCUGGAGACACCUAUGAUCGCUUUGACCCCUACAACCAGUUUGAACGCUACACCCUGACAGAGCUUGGGGAAGACGAGGAGGAAAGGGAGGAGAAACCAUGGUGGUGGAACUACUUCACCCAAUCAGGCAUCUCUGCCCCAACCUGGCUGCUUAGGAAUGUCUAGGCCUUGAAGAGAAUCACGACCAAGUGCAGCCUAGCUUUCCAUGCAACUUAUUGUAAUACUGCACAGGCUUCUUCACCUGCUGCAAACAUGAUGUAAAAUAUCCAAGGUUAUAAGAUCAUGUAUCACAUUCUUACUUCUACAUCCUAUGUUUUUACAGAAAUUUAUUUAAAUUACCUGUUUGUAACCAACUGAAACAAAGACUGUUAGAAAGAAUAGAUUUUAUACUGCUUGACUUUACACUGAGGUGGCGGUCUAGAUAUGUUUGUAUUUUUCAUUUGUUUUUUUAUGAAAUGUCCAAGGAAGUCCUGAAUGAGCUGGAUAAUUAAAGUUCCACUGAGCUGGGACAUUAAAAAUGGUCA